AAGUGGUCCUCUAUAACAUUUUCAAAUGAAACUGAACUGUAUAAAUCUCCCCGUUUUGAAUUAAUUCUCCCGUUUCUUUAUACAUUAAACCCUGGAAGCGCCUGUGGUGAAGGAUGACGUCAUGCGCUAUUCAGGAUUUGGCUCGAACUGUAUGCUUGUUUAAUGAUCUUAUUUUAAGUAAUUCAAUUAGUCUGCUUUCAGAAUCUCUAUAUAGUAUAACCUUAAAGGCCCGAUUAAUUAAACUUAAUGUGUUAGAGUUAUGUUUAGAUGAUUGUUUGCUAAUAGAUCUACAUUUAUGGUGGAUCCAGCAUUUACAUGGGCUUGAGUUAUAUUUUAAUCUGAGUAUGAUUAAUGCUUUUAUGAUGCUAACUGGAUACGGAGGUAUAUCGACUGAGAAGUAAAAGAAAAUCUUCCGGAAGCUACUGGGGAACAUCGGGACCAGUGCAAAAAUUCACAUUGAUUCAGCUGAAUACAUUUGGUGGUUUAGGAUGAAAAUGCUAUAUUGCAUAAUGGACCUACUACUGUUGGUGAAAACUUUAUAUUUUUUAGGCCUGAUUUAUGUAGAUGGCGCCCCCGCAUGGGACGAUCCGAUGAAUUCAUCCAUUGAUCAAUACCGAAACUGCGGAUUCAGGACCAAGGACAGAUCUCGCAUACCGUUGUGCAGCCAGUUGUCCCCUUUUACAUUUAUUCAAAAUCACUCAACAUAAAGUACUUCUAAAAUGUUAAUCACUUUCCAGAAAAUGCCUUAAUUUAAGGCUUUAACGAGUUGUUUUAAUAAAGCGGUGUAAUGUUUCUCUAGUCCGUGUUUACGGAAGCAUAUGUCCCACGUUGGUUGUUUUGGAUGUAAAUACGUUUUAAUCUAAGUCUUUAUUGGAAAGCGGUUUAGCUAGUUAUGUUUACAACGGAAGUGAUCAGAAUUUAUCGAGAUGGUUGUGUGAGAUGACAAGGACACCUGCCAUCGUUUGGUGCCGACUGCCUUAUUGUUGUCUUAAAACUUUUUUAAAAAUCACGGUAAUAUAACUUAUUCCACUAGUUAAUCUGUAUUCAGUCCUGAUUUCUGUAGAAACAAGACAACUUCUAAUCAAAAAUGCUAAACCACUACGAUAACAUCUACACAUCGGUUGCCAUAUUUCUGCAGACAAACUAACCUAGUUUAACAUCUUAGUCUGUUCCUGUUUUCUGCACACAACCUUCGUCCCAAUGUACUGCCUCUAACACCCGGAUCACCUUUUCCCCGAAACUCAGUAACUCUCAGCUGUGUUUAACAGACUGCCAUUUGUAGCUGACAAAUGUGCUCUGCGAUUUACACGUUUAUAGAUAAAUUAUUUUUCGGCAGUUGCCUAUUACUCCAUCGCCCUCCUUGCAAGAGGGGUCAGGGAAUCAUUUUCCGUUUAUAUUGGCUUUUCGGUGAACUGCUUUUUAUUGCCUCUGGAAAAUCACUAUAAAAAGUGUUUUGCGGUAACUUGCUUCUGCAAAUCUGUUAUACUAAAAAUUUCAUUGAUAUUUUAUCAGAUAUUGCAUUGCCCAGCCUUAAAGACACGCCGUGGAAAGACAAUAUGGUAUUUCAGCGUUCAAAAUAUUACAAAAUAAAAAGCAGUUCUUUAAUUCUCUCUAUGCUGGAUUUUAUAAUAGCAGCCGCCGAGUCGUUCAAAACAUUGGCGUUUAGUUCAAACGCAGCUGAUUUACAGGCAGUUUAUGAACUUGCAUUGACGUCAGUGGAGCUGCCACCGAUGUAUAUAAACAUGGAGCAAGUGGCGCACCAGCCGCAUCCCGUCCAGCUGCGCUUUGCGGACUCGAGUCGCACUUUUCCCACCUGCGAGAAACUUACGGCGCUUCAGAAGAUUAAAGUAAGUCCGCGAUUUUCUUCCGUCCUUCUGUUCUGUUGCUUGACACCCACCAUCUGAAAGCUACUAAAACUAAAAGAAAAGCCUUUAUCUAACUACUGCUAUUGAAAAUGGUCGACUUUUAUAAAUGACUGUAUUGAAAACUUUACAAUAUUUAGCUUAGUUCCAGAACUGAACAAGGCAACAUAUGAUUAUAGUAUAUGCUAUAACAACCUCACUUGCAUGCUCAUUAAAUACGUUUUCGCUAUUUUUAAAUAUUUUAAUUAUAUUUGUUUUACCUUUUCGAAGCCUAAUGAACCUUACAUUUACGUUAUUUCAGAAGUGUCGCUCCAUAUUGCUUACCCAAUUUGAUUACAGAAUGUCUACAAUAAAAAUGUCUUACGUUUCUGACACGCACACACUGUGCUAUGUGUCAUAUAUGUUCAAAAUUCACAAAAUAUCCUACCUUGGACGCUUAUAUAAAUAAUACUCGUAUAUAUCUCCUGCUUGGUUCAAUUUCUCACGCCGGGUACCAAGAUCGUCAAUUAGAAAACGAUUCUUAUUUUUUUCUCAAUAGUUUUAUUUAUUAAUGUAUUUUUUGCUAACAGGGCACCUGUCUAUCCACCAUGAAACCUAUUCCCCUGGUCCUGCUGGUGGCCACGGUAUUCAUGACCACCAACAUCCGCAUCAGUGCCGGUCGACCAAGGGACUUGAGCAUCUUUGACGGUCACGGUUACAAGACGCAACUGGACCAGGUUCUGUUAAAGGCCGGCGAUAAUGCCAUCUCCUACCUCAUAGGUGCAAAAAUACUUAGGUAUCUGCAAAGGAACCCGAAGGGUCUUUCACGAUCUCCUAUAGAAAGCCUCCAGGUUAUGACGGCACCAUCCAGCAAGAGCUUCGGUCACCUGGCCCGCGACUUGUCGCUAGUGGAUGGAGAGCAGUCACUGGACGACGGCGACAGCAUGGAGGAGCCCGUGGACUUGUCCAAGAGGAAUGACGACCCGCCCAUCUCCAUUGAUCUCACUUUCCACCUGCUCCGAAACAUGAUCGAAAUGGCGAGGAUUGAAAGUCAGAAAGAACAAGCGGAACUAAACCGCAAGUAUUUAGAUGAAGUCGGCAAAUAAUAUUUCACUUCGUUGUAAUUUAAAACCAUUCUCAAAGCGAAACGAAUGCCCCGGCACUUCCACAGUUAGUUUUGCUUUUCUUUUACCCAAACUGCUGUUCAUCGUGCCAUUCGAAGUCACAAUGUAUAUUUCUGUACGUAAAACAGUAAAACUAAACACGUUAUGGUCAA